AUGGCAUCUCUACUCGCUCAAACACUCGGGUUCAUUGGUCCCAAGAUAGGCAGUGCCGCCGCAAGCUGGGUCUUCCAGAAAAGUGUCAAUUCGCUAUUCGAAAGCGACAAUGCCCUCAUUCGAAACGAUAUCCGCGCUCUAUCGACCAAGGUUGAGCAAAUCCAAACAUCUGUCAAUAAUCUAGUGAAACAGAUAGACGCUAUGAAAAUAGUCCUUCGGUCAGACACACUCAACGAAAAGCUCACAAUCAUCAACAGCCAUUACGACACAAUCUUAUUGAUCUUCCAAGCGGUCCUCGAUAUCGAGAAUUCGCCCAAAGAGAAACAACAAGCGCAGUUGAAUGAUUCGCAGAAACGGCUGCGCCAAAAACUCAAAGACUGCGUUCACGAUCUUCCAGAGGCCCUGAAGGGUAUCCACGUCUUUCUCGGCGAAUCAGGAGAGAACAACAUUGUUGUCGAUGUUAGAAACAAGGUCCUUGCCGACUCACGCGACUUCGUUGUAUAUUACAGCAGGAUGAAGCUGUGGAUGCAACGCUUGUGGCUAGUAGAAGCAAAAGCACUGUACCUGCUACGCAUGGCUCACCAAACAGCCGGUGUGAACUACUUUGAAGGCCUCCACUUCAUCGAAACUUACACCAAACCUACCGGCAUCUUGAAAGAGCAGGCCACCCACUUUGAGAACACCGUCGGUCACCACGUCAUUUCCUUAUUUGAUGCCUUAGCGAAGAACAACGGCUCGGUUGCAGUUCAAUUUCGUAACCACGCCCUAUCACCAAUCACACGGAGAGCAGAAGGGGACCCUAUAAACAACGUCUGGCGUCCAGCUCUACCAUUCCCAGAUGGCGUCAACCUUGCAUUCAGUCUGGACAAGCACAGUUUCACAGCCUGGGAUCCCUCAGCGUUGACGCCGUAUCAAUUUACAAUCACCGCAAAAGAUGCUGCGCAAGGCCGAUCGUACUACAUGUCCCACUGGUAUGGAGAGAUUCUAGGCUUCGGUAUUCGAUGUUACUUACCAGAAUCAAUCGGAGGCUCCGCAGGAUCCUGGUAUGUCAAGCCUGGGCCAAAUGGAGGUGACUACUUCAAUCUGGAGUAUGUUCCUGGCCCAAACAAUUUCGGUGCUCGAGCUUCCUAUUUCCUGCGCCAUUCAGAGGUGUAUCUCGAUCUAGACAAUGCGCUGGAGCCUGCUGAUGUAAGGUAUCGAUGGCACUUGGAUGUCCAGAGUUGA